UAAAUGUCGUUGUUGUCCGAAGUUGGCCCGCCCCAAAGUCGCAGCUUCUCCCAAAACUAUUUUCUCGCACCUUCCACAACAUAUCCACGCCAGGCUCUUCCACACCAUAUCCACCUUCUCCCAAUCAACUAAAUGAGACCUUGGCAUUCUUCACAGUCAAUUCGCGGUCGGUGGAGGAAGGUGGGUUCGGUACUCAGCCUGAGAGUGUUUAUCUGAUGUAUCACAGUCGCGAGGUAUGUAGCUACUAUUUUUAGCUCUGAGAUCAAUUUCAUACUUUUUUCUUUAUCUGUUUGAAUAUGGAAAGAGUUGUAACCAUGGUUUUCAUUACUGUUGCUGAGGGAGGGUCUCCAAAGCUUAUAGUUCUGCAUGAAGAGGAUCGAGACUUCUAACUGGGAAAGAAAUGGAGUCUUGGCAUUUCCACACCGUAGCUACCUUCUCCCAGUCAGCUCAUACAUCGAGAAGAAGCUGGGGACAUGCUCUGAGAAAUCGGCCGACUGGAAUAAGAUAAGUUUUUCCAAACUUUUUUGUCUUUAUAUUUUCAGAUCUGAUGUUUCUUCAAAUUUAUGUAGCUAUUGUUAUAUAUUAAUCAUGUAUAUUAAUGUAAGUAUAUUGUCUCACGACUUUGAGAUCAAUUUUCAUGAAACUUUUUGUCUUAAUAUUUCAAAUAUCACAUACUACGUAUGUACUUAGAUCUGUUUGGAUAUGAUGUUACGAAGUUACUUCAGAUUUUUACGGAUUUUAUAUUAUUAAAUUAAAUUGUAUCGAUAUGAAAUGUCUUGAAAAUGCAUUUGUGACUUUCAAAAUCAGGCUGUAAUUGCAUUGCUAUUUCUGAAAGAAUAAGAUACCUACCCUAAAUUAUACUACGUACUUUUUUAAUACUGGAUCAAUUUCUUUCAAAGUGUUCAAGAUAAAGCCAAUCUCAAUUAUUGUGGGUUGUGAAGAUCGAAAUACUUAGAUUUCUCAUCAUUGGUCCUAAUUUCAUUUUAGGCUUGGCUACGGUGGAAGUAAAAGAACAUCAAAGAAGAGAGAUCCCUAUAUAAUGGCUGAAGCAUUGAUUAAAAACUUAACAGCAUAUAUAAAAUGAUCCAUGUGGGGUAAAAGUCAUAAAACUGCAAUGAGCAACUGCUUGUUACUGACGUGCCAGUUGAGAUGUAACUACCCCAUUAUUGGGCUUCGAAUGUCCUAAUAUUUGCCAUGUGGUUGCAGCUGGGAAUUUCCAGAAAAUGAACCGUUAUUAUUUUGUGAAAGAAUCUGUAUUGUGUUUGUAUUUAGCCAUCUGUUGACACGUGUAAUAUUUUGAUGGCAAGAUUGCACCUGAUUGUUUUCACGAUUCUGCUUU